CCAGCUUCGAUUGAUGGUUGCUUCUUUCUCUUUACAUCUUUGAUUUUGAUGAAGAGUUCUUUACAAAAUAAAUAAAUCAAUUUUAGAUUUAACUUUGAAAUUUGAUUAAAAUGAUAUCAAGUUCUAGUUCUAUUUUACCAGAUAGUAAACCAAUUCAACCAACAACAACAACAACAACAACAACAACACCAUCUACUUCACAUUUAAGAUCACAUUCACCACCUUCACUCAUCAUCACUGCUUCGACUCCUCAAAUGGGUUCACCUACUUUACCUUCUCAUCAAUCUCAACCUUCAAUUCAUCAAUCUCAAGCUCAAUCUCAAGCUACGAUCCCAAACAUCUUGAACAAUGAAAAACCUUCAUCCAGAUUACCACCUAUCCUUAGGGCUCGAGCUGCUUCUCAGAGUCUCAGUCUUUCUAGACCUCCCUCUUUAAUUCAACUUACCGAGGCAAUGCGACUUAAUCCGAAUCGUUGGCAACAACUCAAACUAGAUACUAAUUCGAUCAAAUCCACUUCUUCUAUCUCAUCGGCUCCUCCUUUACCAGCUGAUCAAUCUCCUGAUUCAGCUACUAGUAUGGUGACGCCUACUACUUCAAUCAGUUCUAGUCGUCCUAGACUUCAACUCUCGAGUCUUCAACGUUCGGCUCAUCCUACUUCUCAAAACUCUAGUUUACCAUUCUCAAAUUAUUCUAUUAAUCCUCAACAAACUCAACAAACCUCUGAAUCUCAACCGACGCCUGAUUCAUCAAGUAAUCUAUCAGUUCAACCUUUAUCACCUACUCUUCAAAGACGUGCAUCGGCAUCUGAUAUUACCAUUGGUCUCAAUCGAGCUCGAUUACCAUCUUUGGCAGCUAUUCAGGAGCGGAUGGCUCGUACAAAGACUGUUGAAAUCAAUACUUCAGCUUCUCCUCAGCCCCCUCCUUCUAACCCUAGUCCGAUCGUCCCUCCGAUCAUCAAAGAAGAAGAAGUCAAGAUCAUUGAACCCACCCAAGAAGUCAAGAGUACCGAACCUAUCAAAGAACAGCCGAAACCUACCCAGAUCUUAUCAUCUAUCCCACCUUCUCUACGUGCUGAUAUCUUACAAUCAAAUGCACUCGAUCAACCUCUAGGCCCAAGCUUAGGUACACCUAAUCCAGCACCCAGCGAAGCUGCCUCAGUGACAGUACCUAAACCUGUUCAUCCUCUUCAACAUAGUUGGACUUUAUUCUUUGAUUCGAAAGCUACAUUAGCCUCUGCUAAAAAAGCACCCAACACUCCUAAUACAUCAAACACAGAUGAUUCGAAUCAUCCUACACCUACUUUAGGUGCAGGUGGUCAAGCUUAUCAUGAUGCAUUACAAACGAUUGGUACAUUUCAAUCGGUUGAAGAUUUCUGUAGGUUUUUUAAUUGGACGAUCAGACCUAGUCAAAUGGAAAUGCAUUCGAGUGUUCAAUUAUUUAAAACUGGUAUUAGACCGAUGUGGGAAGAUCCUGCGAAUGCGAAUGGUGGAAAAUGGACAUUGACAAUGAAACAACCUAAUCCACCACUCUUGGAUCGAAUUUGGACUUUUUUGGUAUUAGGACUAGUGGGAGAAGAAGUAGAUGUAUUAGAUGAUGUGUGUGGUGCGAUCGUAGCUACUAGACCAAGAGGAAACCGAGUUCAAAUUUGGAUGAGAGAGAAAUCUAAUAUAGAAAGGGUGAAUGGACUUGGGAAACGAUUGAUGAAAGUUUUGGAGAUUAAUGAAGAAAGUGGGGUUUCACUUGAAUUCUCACCUCAUAGUGGACAUAAUCAUAGUGCAUCCAAGUUUAUCAGUAUUCAAGGAAAUGCUUCUCCUCAACAAAGACCUACACUAGGAUCACCUCAAUUAUCGAAUUAUACACAUUCACCAAGAUCUACUAGUGGGGGAGGAGGAGUGAGUGGGAUGUUAUUUCAAAGAUCACCAUCAUCAGGUAGUAUGACCACCUCCAAUGAGAUGAGAAGGACCAACAGUCUAGAACAACAAUCGAGUCCAAGAGUUCCAAGUCGACCACCAUUGAUGAUGCAUCAUUCUCAUCUGGCCGGUCCUACUCAACCUAAUGGAAUGGUUAGACCGGUCUUGAAUCAAUUGAACUCGGCUGAUGUACCUAUUCAAAAUGGGAUUUGGAGACCUUCUGGACCUCCACCUCCUUCAUUGGCAGUCACACCACCUGGUUUACCUGGCAAUCAAAUGACUGGGGCUUUAGCUAAUAAGAUCGGAGGAGUUGGAAAAUCAAUGAUGAUGAUGAUGAUGAAUAAUUCAAAUAAUGGAAAUCCAACUUCACCCAAACCUAAUACUAACACGAACACUAAUACGAAUACUAAUACUAACACCAAUAUCAAUACUGCUAGACCUCAAAGUGUGAUGGCUACAAUGAAUACACCUUGAAUGAGGUUUGAAAAUUUUUGAAAGCGUUCUUUGCAAUUGGGGGUUCAUAUUGGAUGGUUGCAUAGUUUAGAUCAAGAUUUAGUUUUGUGUUGAUUUUUUGUUUCAUAAAUGAAAUUUUGUAUGACCCAUUUUUUUCAUCUCUGUUUCUUUUUUUCUUUAAAAAGACUCUAGUUAUUUUUUUAUAAAGAAAGAUAAACAAGAGAAAGAAAAUUACAAGGAUUCUGAUUUGAGAAAACUUGAGAUCCCUCUGUGUGUGUUGGUUUUGUAUUAUUUAUUUUAUCUUAUCUUAUAAAGAAUUACAUAUUAUGAUUUUUUUUUCUCUGUUUUGAUGCAUAGUUUUUUUUCACUUGUUUUUUUUCAUUUAAUGUAUAUAUUUUUAUGAUUAUUUUUUUUGGUUUUUUCUUUUCUCUUUUUUUUUGAAAAAAUGAAUAAAUGGGUUUGGUUGUAUUAUCUUUUUUUAUCAUGAAACCUUUUUUUUUCUU